GGACCUGUCAUGACCAAAUUUUCUAUUGCUUUGAGAGAAAUCAGUACAUACAAGGAACUUCUUCGGUCCCAGGCAGAGCAUAUGCUGAAUGACCGGUUACUAAACAUGCUAAACGUCGAUAUCCUAGAUGUCAAGGAAGCUAGAAGGCGUUUUGAGAAAGCUUCCCUUGUACAUGAUCAGGCACGUGAGAAGUUUAUGUCAUUGAGAAAAAGCACUAGGAUGGAUAUUGCCACUAUCGUAGAAGAGGAUUUGCACAAUGCAAGAUCCUCAUUUGAGGAAGCUCGUUUCAAUCUGGUUAGUGCUCUUCAUAAUGUUGAGGCCAAGAAGAGAUUUGAUUUUUUGGAGGCUGUCACUGGAGUUAUGGAUGCUCAUCUUCGGUAUUAUCGACAGGGAUAUCAGCUAUUACAAGAGAUGGAGCCUUUCAUUAUCGAGGUAUUGGCUUAUACACAAAAAGCAAGAGAAAGUUACAAUGAGGAGCAAAUUAGUCUUUGUGAAAGAAUGUUGGAGUACAAAAAACAUGUUCAUCAUGAAAGUAUGUUGUCCUUGAAUGGUCCUUAUGGUUCUCCUUGUAGAGAUGGUCCAGUGCAUCCUUUUUCUAGGAUAUCAGAUAAAGUGGCAGAUGCUGUAACAGAAUCUGCUGAAAAUGGAAAGGUUCAAAUCAUUCGACAAGGAUAUCUUUCAAAACGGUCCUCAAAUUUGAGGGGUGACUGGAAGAGAAGGUAUUUUGUUCUUGAUAGUCGCGGAAUGCUUUACUACUUUCGUAAACCAUGGAGUGGAUUAAACAGUGGCAAUCAAUCAUCUUUACACAGAAACUGUGCCACUGAAAAUAGUGCUGGAAUUUUGAGUCGCCUCCUUUCUUCACAUUACCAUGGACUUAUCCCUGAUGAAAAAUCUGUAGCACGUCAUACAGUGAACCUGCUCACAUCAACAAUCAAGAUUGAUGCUGAACAGUCAGAUUUAAGGUUCUGCUUCAGGAUUAUUUCACCAUCAAAGAGUUAUACAUUGCAGGCAGAAAAUGCCCUGGACCAGAUGGAUUGGAUGGAAAAGAUAACUGGUGUAAUUGCCACCUUAUUGAGUGCACAAACACUGUCAGAUGACUCAGAAAGCGGUGACAGCUACUCUGCCAACAAGACUUAUUUGUUAAAAGGUUCUCCAGAUGAUGAUCAUGCAGUGAGUGGGGAUUCUAUAAAAAAUGAAAAGCCAAUUGAUAUUCUUAGAAAGGUUAGCGGGAAUGACAAAUGUGCUGAUUGUGGUAAACCUGAUCCAGAUUGGGCAUCCUUAAACCUUGGCAUCCUUAUAUGCAUUGAAUGUUCCGGUGUUCACCGUAAUCUUGGUGUACAUAUAUCAAAAGUAAGAUCACUGACCCUUGAUGUAAAAGUAUGGGAUUCUGCAGUGUUAACCAUGUUUCAGUGCUUGGGGAAUCUCUUUGCAAACUCAGUUUGGGAGGAACUGUUGCAUUCGACAAGUACAUCACAGACUGAUGACACUCCUGAUGGUUCAUCCAAGACACACAAAAAGUUAUUUCAUGCAAGAAAACCAGCACAUGAUGAUGCUAUUUCACUAAAGGAGAGGUUCAUUCAUGCAAAGUAUGCAGCAAAAGUCUUUGUUCGCCGGAUAACAAAUAACAACCGUCUCCUUUCAACGGCACAGCAGGUGGUGGAAAGCAUCAGUGCCAAUGACAAGAAAGCAGUGUACAGGCACAUUGUGAAGUCAGAAGUGAAUCUCAAUGCUAUUAUUAGUGGGAAAGCAGGUAUAUCUUCUUAUCCCCAAAAUACUAGAAAUUUUUCACAGUUAAAAAAAGCAGGAAGUCCUAUUAGAAUAACAAAUUGUUGUGUAGGCUUUUCUUCCAACACGCCUUCUUCAAUUAAUCCAAACAUAUCAUGUGAAAGUAAGACUCCACAAGUAGAGGAUAUACAAGAUGGUUCUAGUGUGCUUCACCUGGCAUGCAUAAUUAGUGAUUCUGCAAUGGUAGAGCUGCUCCUACAGUAUGGUGCAGACAUAAAUGCUAUUGAUUCUAGAGGGAGGACACCUCUACAUUACAGCACUAUGAGAGGGAAGAAUGCAACUGCAAGAGUGCUUAUUACAAGGGGGGCCAAUCCACUUGCCGUAGACAAAGAAGGCAACACUCCUUUUAAGCCUGCAACGGAACCUGACACUGCAGGCAAAGAAACUCUUGCUCUAAACCAGCAAAUCGCAUGCCCUCAAAACUUAAUAGAAAAAUGAUUCAUGGGGUCACCUUGUGUUCGAGAUAGAAAUUUGGCAAGAGAGCAAUUGACAAUGUGUACAGGACCAACUUUGUUUUAUAGAGCAAUAGAUAAUAGAAGAGAAGAAUGGAAGAUGCGACUUUUUCCAUUCAAAGAUUCUAAA